AAUUAGUUUUAAUUAGUUGUACGAAAUAGAUUGUUUUUUACAUAUUUUUCGUGUUUGUCGGCUUCUCGCGUUUUCUGUGGUAAUUUACGUGUGGUGUGGUGUGAUGGUGUAGAAUGUGGUACCGGUGGUUGGUGGUGACGGUGCUGGUGGCAGCAGCCGCUGGCAAGGGGAAGAAGCAUCGCCAUCAGAAACCUGGUAGAGCACUCUUGGAUCGGCUGGCGAGCACCAACGAGGGUGAGGUUGUGGUGAACGGAGACACGAGCAGCGGUUUGUUACCUGCUCCGCUCGACGUGGCUCCUUACUCUGUAAUCACAGCUAACGCAACAUGUGGAGAUGCUGGCAGUGAGGAGUAUUGCAGAGAUACCCCUGGCAAGCGUGGCGUGGUUUGCGAUGUGUGCGAAGGUCUCGACGGAUCUCCAUCACGGCGACGACCACCGUCGCACGCCAUCGACGGUAACCCUGCCACCUGGUGGCAGAGCCCCACACAAGCGGCCGGCGAUGAGUACAGUCAUGUGGCGCUGGUGGCCACCUUGCCUGAUAAAAUGGAACUGCUCCACGUGAUAAUUAAAUCAGGACCUUCGCCGCGCCCACUGGCGUGGUCUCUGGAGGUGUCCCCAUCGGUCGGUGGCGAAGAUUGGCGGAUGAUUCGCGCAUUUGGGGACAGGGAACACUGUCGUCGUCUUUGGGACCUCCGACCAGAGAGGCGGAGAAGGAAGGCGAGAGGUGCCAAGAGAGCUAAUAGAUCGGACAAGCUGACAUGCUCGACGCAAUUUGUUAGUCCGCGUCCUUUAGAGAAUGGAGAGAUGCACGUGGGCGUGGGCGAGGGUGUGUGGGCGCGGCGCGUGCGCGUGUCAUUUCGCGGCUCACAUCCGGGUCCGGCGCUCCGCCGGUACUACACCGUGCGCGCGCUCACGCUUGCCGCACGUUGUCUCUGUCACGGACACGCAGCGCACUGUCAUAUCGAUUCACAGGGUACUAAGUGUUCAUGCGAGCACGACACCUGUGGGGCACAUUGUGAGCGAUGCUGUUCCGGCAGCGUGUGGUCUGCUGGUGUGCCGUGUCCUCAGCAACCGGACUGCUCUUGUGGAGACCGCGGUGCAUGUACCUACGACGACACUGGUGCUAUUAUAUGCCUAAACUGUACGGAAAAUCGAGCAGGUCCAUUGUGUGACCGGUGUCUCAUUGGACACUACAAUGUUCUACCAGACGGACCGUGCAUGCCCUGCGAAUGUGAUCCUGAAGGUUCAGAAGGCACUUGUAAAUGGGAUAGAAAGCAUCACAGAGUGAUGUGUGAUUGCCGGCCAGGCAUCGCCGGGGCGCACUGCGAUGCUUGUAAAGACAAAACAGCUACUUUCCCCGCCUGUUUACCACCAACGACUCCUGCUGUACCGGACUGCAAAUGUGACCCUAGGGGUAUAGUGGACCCCAUGAGGAUCUGUGACGAAGUUUGUGAAUGCAAGAAAAAUGUUGUAGGAGAGCGAUGCGACACGUGCGCGAGUGGCCAUUUUGGUUUGAGUGAAGAGCUGGCGGCCGGUUGUCGGCCAUGUUACUGUUCUCACAUCACUGACUCGUGCGUGACAGCAGAUCACGUCCAACAGCCACCGGUGGUGUUACCUCUAGAAGAUGCGUGGUUGAUAAGCGACGUAGAAGGUAACCAGACACUACAAGCAUCCAUCGAGCAAGGCAAACCCUAUUUAAUUAGCUACGAGGUUGAAGGAUGGGAGUCUUUCUAUUGGUCUACCAACUCCUGGAACGGAGAACAACUGUCGAUGUACGGAGGUGAGAUCCACGCCACACUCAACUGGGGCAUAGUUAGAGGAGAUACAGGAGGGAAUCCUACUGUUGGACCUGAUGUUAUAUUGGUUGGUGCUGAUGGUACAAAGUUAGCAUCGUCGAAUACGAGCUAUGAGACUGCUGGUCAGCUGGAGAUAUCAGUGCCGCUGGAAGAGGAUGCAUGGUACGUGUUGGGUGAGGAAGAAAGAUGGGGCGCGACACGGGUUCAACUCAUGGACGUUCUGCGUGACGUCGACCAUCUCUUGCUGCGUGCACAUUUACAUCUCGAUCAGGAUGAGGUGCGACUGGAGAGCGUGGGUAUGAGGCCGCCAGUUUACCCGAGCGAGACGUGCGCGUGCCCGAAUGGAUACGCGGGCGCGCACUGCUCGCGCUGCGCGUGGGGUCACGCGCGGAUAUUGCACGCGCGCGCAGCUACGCCGCGCUUCGAGUGCCUGCCUUGCGCGUGCAACUCGCAUGCCAUCUGCGAUGCAGUGGAAGGCCCAUGCGGACCGUGCCAGCACAAUACGACUGGACCGCACUGCGAGCGAUGUCUGCCGGGACACUACGGAAACCCUGUACAGGGCGCGUGCAAGCCGUGUGCCUGUCCGCUGUACAUAGCGUCGAACAACUUCAGCCCGAACUGCGCGCUGGCGUCGUCGUCCGGCGACGAGUACGUGUGCACGCAGUGCCCGGACGGGUACGCGGGGGACCACUGCGAGCACUGCGAAGCAGGGUACUGGGGCUCGCCCGGCACCCCGGGGGGCGCGUGCCGGCCCUGUGCGUGUGGGGGCGCGCCCUGCCGCUCCGACACCGGACAGUGUCUGGUGUGCCCGCCGCACGCGGAGGGCGCGCGGUGCGAUACCUGCCAGGAGGGCUACUGGCCGGGCCCUGCGGGUACGGAGAUGGCGUGCGUGUCAUGCGCGUGCGGCGCGGGCGCACUGGCGGCGGCGUGCGAAGCGCGCAGUGGGCAGUGCGCGUGCCGCCAGGGCUGGUCUGGCCGCGCCUGCGACGAGUGCGCAUCCGGACACGGAGGUAUAGAGGCAGGCUGCCCGCCAUGUCGCUGCGGCGUGGCGGCUCUGAACGACGCGUGCGACGCUACCAGUGGGGCGUGCACGUGCGCGCCCGGCGCCGCACCGCCAUCUUGCGAAGCCUGCCUCCCCGAGUACUAUAACCUCAACGUCACCGGCUGCAGUGGUUGUAAUUGCUCCAAGUUGGGCGCCGAGAGCAACGUGUGUGACAUACGGACCGGACAGUGUCGGUGCAGGCAGCACGUGACAGGCCGCGCUUGCGACACCUGCGAGAUAGGUUACUGGGGCCUGCAGCAGGGUGGAUGUCGGCGGUGCGAGUGCGGCGCGGGGGCGGCCGCCUGCGACCCAGUCACGGGGAUGUGCGCGUGCGCAACCGGCGUCGGUGGAGCGCAGUGUGACCACUGCCUGCCCGGCUAUUACGGAUUCAGACCUGCGGGGUGCUUACCAUGUCCGAAGUGCUCGGACGGCAAGGUGUGCUCCCCGGACACCGGACAGUGCGUGUGUCCGCCUCGCUCGCGGGGCCCCGGUUGCCGGCAGUGCGCGCCCGGAUACUGGUCCAAACAAAACGGCUGUCAGCCCUGUCGAUGCGGCGCUGGUGCUAUAUUCAAUCAGUGCGACCCGGUAUCAGGGCAGUGCAAGUGUCGGCUCGGGUGGACGGGUGUGGGGUGCGAGCGGUGUGCGAAUGGCCACUUUGGGCCGCGAUGCCGCCCGUGCGACUGCUCCCUUGCCGGCACACGACGCUGCGAGAAUGGCACGUGUGGCUGCGACGAGAAUGGACGAUGUAAAUGCAAGGAAAACGUGGUAGGUGACAAAUGCGACCGCUGCCUGGACGGCACGUUCGGACUGUCGGAACACAACCCCGCCGGGUGCACGGCGUGCUUCUGCUUCGGGCGCGCGGCGCACUGCUCGCAGGCGGCGCUCACCAGGUCUGCGCUGCACAUGGCCGCGCCGCACCACAUCACGCUGCUAAGGGGCGACGACCAAAUCACCACGAUGGACCAGGCGUCUCCCCUGGCUAUCCACACGCACUCCCCUGACGCAACCAUCUCCUUACCCUGGCCCCCUGUACCGGUGUACGUGGAGCUGGAUAAAAGGUUCCUCGGCGACCGCCUCACCUCCUACGGUGGAGAACUGCGGUUCACCGUGGAAGAGGAAGGUGGUGAGGAGUUGCCGCUCGAGACCAGGCGACGAUUCCCACUCGUCCUCUUGUAUAGCAAAGACAUCGUGUUGGAACAAUUUGAGCGUAUAGCAGCCAAGAACGGCACGUACUCGGUACGGCUGUACGAGUCGCUGUGGCACGUGCGUGACCGCGGCGGGUUGGCCAGCCGGUCCGCCAUCAUGGUGGUCCUCGAGAAACUCGACCGGAUCCUACUGAGGGUCACCACCAGAGCGCCCACUGCCAGGGACAAUGUGCAUGCACUUUUGCUGAACGUUUCAAUGGACACAGCCAUCCCUGGACUGAGUCGCUCCGAGCCCGCACUGGGCGUGGAGCGUUGCGCAUGCAGUUCCGAAUUCGCGUCCAACUCGUGCCAGCGGCCAGCGCGAGGGUACUGGCUGCCGCAGAUCCGUCAGAACAUCCACCUGAGGGACGGCGUCAUUAUCAUCACGCUUGAUGGUCAAGCGCAGCCUUGUAACUGCAAUGGACGAGCUACCGCCUGCGACCCUGUCACUGGUGACUGUUUGAACUGCACGGAUGGUACGGGCGGGGCGCGGUGUUCUGAGUGCGCGGCGGGGCACUACGGCUCGCCGCCGGUGUGCCGGCCGUGUCCGUGCGCGCCGCACGCCGCCGCCGGCUGCCGGCUGCACGCCGGACGGAUGCACUGUAUCUGCAGACCAGGGUACGCGGGAGCAGAAUGCUCGUCGUGCGCGGCGGGGUGGCGGCGCACGAGCUCGGGCGCGUGCGAGGCGUGCGCGUGCGACGCGCGCGGCGCAGAGAGCGCGGCGUGCGACGCGCGCGGCCGCUGCAAGUGUCGCGCGCACGCCGCCGGGCCCGCCUGCGAGCGCUGCCUCGCGCGCCGCACCUACAUGGCCAGCGACGGCUGCACCGCUUGCGACAACUGCACGCAAACGCUACUAGAUGCGAUCGAAGAAUUAACCGGAAAUCUACGAAAAGAAGCCAACCCCACCGAACUAAGCCGAAUACCGAGACCGUUUCCAGCAUUGUUGGAGUUUGCUCACAACUCUUCCAUUCUCGGCACUCAACUAGAAAGCUUAAGAACGAACGCAACACAAUUGCAAUAUAUAGAAAACUCUAUAGCUAGACUAGAAAGUGAUGAACAUAAAGUCUUUACAGAAAUAAACGAUUUGCAACAGGAAGCUUCUAAAAGGGAAAGAGAUACACAAGCUCUGAGCCUGGAAAGCACAAAUAAGUUAGAAGACAUUAUAAAACUAAGAAGGCGAAUAGGAGAACAGGUAGCAGCUUUGAAUGAAUUUGCAAAAGGCGAGAGACACCUCAGCGCGCAUAAAGCCAUAAAAGAAGCUAGGAAGCUUCUGAGACAAAUUAAUGAGAUUAAAUUGAUCGAUUACAUUGGAACAGCAAAUGAUGUAUUUAAUACGGCACAUCUCCAAUCAACUUCAGUGAAAGAGAUUGACUACCUCAUGGAUGAUACGUACAAACGUCUACGGACACUGCAGAACGCAUUAGCAGAGUGGGAGCGCAAGGCUGAGGAUGUAACACGACUGGCAGACACGGUAUGGACCGCGGGGGAUGCUGUCACAGCUCUGAGCAAUGAUAUACGCCCUAGGCUGGCCGUCGUCAGAGAUACUGGAUUGAGGUGCAGGCUUAUAUUGGAGGAUAUAGCGUCGCUUUCUGCUAGCAACCUUACCGACGAGUCAGCUACCGCAAUCUUCAGAAGUCAAGCCCAGACCAUGAAGUUCCCAAGCUUGGCAGCAGAACUAGAAACUCUCACCGCAGCUGCAGAGGAGAAGGAGGGAAUCCUUUACAACCUGACUCCAGUUUAUCGACAGAAAUAUUUGAACAACGCAGAACGACACGUCGCUAUGUUAGGCGAAAAAGCUAAAGAGUACAAGAGACUGUUCGCGGGCACGCGUGCUGCCGCAUCGCUGGGCGUGUCAGCGGCGCACGCGUGGUCGGCGGUAGCGGAGGCAGUGAGCGCCGCGUCAGCUGCUGCCAAUGCCGCCCUCGCGACUGCGACCGCCGCCGCCUCGCUGACACGAGGACCCGACCCCAUGCUGCGCUCCGCCGCCGCCGGAAUGAAGUCCUCACAUAAAUUGAAACAAAGGGGCGCCGCUGUGCUAGCUAAAGCUGACGAACUUCGCACACAACUAGAUCGUCUUAUCCACGAAGCAGACCUAGUGAGCGUAUCACUGCGAGGCCUCGGCUGGCAGGAACAGGAAUUGGGAAUAAUGCCACAAGCGAACGUGGCCGCUACGUUGGCGGCUGCUGGGAAGCAGGCGGACCGCGUCUUUGCUACCACUAGGGCAUUAUACGACGAGGCUGCGGAAUUACGAAGGCGAGUGCAGUACCAGAUGCGCAGGCAGUUAUUGGAGCUGCAGCGACACGGGGAUACAGCACUUGGAGCCGCUCAAGAACAUGUGUCUCAGAUCCGUGGCAACAUGGAGCGCGGCGCGGAGGUGGUGGCGGCGCUGGAGGGUGCGGCGGCAGCGCGCAGCCGCGAGCAGGCCGAGCGCGGCGCCGCGCUGUCACCUGCCCUGCGACAGCUCGCGGCAAGUGCGGCGCGCGCGCACCAUGCCGCUGCAUCUAUCGCUGUGUCGUUGUCAUCGCGCGGCGAGGCGGGCCCGGGGUGUGCGCGCGCGUACUGGGCGGCGGGCGCGCGUGCAGCCGUGUCACGGCUGGCGCUAGCAGUUUCGUUCGAGCGCCACGUGCGACCCGGCACGCUGCUCUACCUGCGAGAUGACGCCGACCAAGACUCGCCGCAUGAAAAGGAGAAAUAUUUGCAUCUGAGUGUAGAAGAUAAACAUCUACAUGUGAGUUGGGACUUGGGUGACGGGCCUGGGUUCUUGCGACACCCUCAGGAGCUGCAGCCGGCGCAAGACGACAUCGACCAUGCCACCUACAGGAUCGAACUCGACAGGGUGUGGAACAGAGUAGAGCUGCGCGUGGAGCGUACGGGCGCGGGCGCGGUGACUGCCAGCAACAGCAGCGGGCCCGCUGCGGUCACGCUGCGUGCGUCGCGCGUGUGGCUGGGCGCGCCGCCCCCCGCGCCCCCCCGCGGCCCCCCCGCGCCCCCUCCGUCGCCGUCCGGCCUGCCCGGCUGCGUGCACGCGCUCUCCAGCGACGACAACUCCAUCGGACUUUGGAACUUCGUGGAGCAGCCGAAGGAAGCUCAGUGCACCGGCUGCACCCAGAGAUGGGUGGGGGGUCGCGGCGGCGCGGGGGGCGCGGGUGGCGCGGCGCUGGCGCGGUUCGGCGGCGGGUACGUGGAGCUGCGGCGGGCGGCGCCGCGCGCGCCCGACCGCCGCCACUUCAGCCUCGCCUUCACCUUCCGCACCACCGACCCCGACGCGCUGCUCUUCAUGGCGCUGGACGCCGGCAACAACCGGUCGGUGUGCGUGCGGCUGGAGGCGUGCCGCGUGGUGUUCGCGGUGCAGUACGGCGGCGCGCGGCUGCGCAUCGCCGCCGCCGGCCGCCACUGCGACGGCCGCCCCGCGCACGUGCAGGCCAUCCGCGUCUUCGCCUCCAACAACCUCGAGAAAGGCAGCCUGCGCGUGAACGGCGAGGAGACGCUGGGAUCACCAUCUCCACCGGUGCAGACGCCGGACGCGCUGCCGGAUCUAGCCGGAGCGCCAUACUGGCUGGGCGGUCUGCCGCCGGAACGCCGGCCUGGGACUGUUCCAGCCCUGCGCGGCUGUCUUGGUGCAGUCUCCGUCGACAGGGAGGCCUAUGAUCUUAUGGACACCCCCGCCAGGGAUGGUGUCGAGCCCUCGUGUGGAGCCACGGCGGUGCGGGCGGUGGUGGUGGAGGGGGCGGGGUUCGUGGAGGUGCGGCAGGCGGCGUGGCGGCGGCGCGGCGCGCUGGGCGUGUCGCUGCGCGCGCGCGCGCCCGCCGGCCUGCUGCUGCUGGCCGCGCCCGCGCCAACACACCGCCUCCUGCUGCGACUCGUCGAAGGUGAACUAGAAGUGAUAGCGGCAGCGGGUAAAGAUGAACUGCGGCUGCGUACCAACGGUACAAGGUUUGAUGACCGCCGCCUGCAUACUGUACGUCUGAUACGCGCACACAAACAGCUAGAACUCUGGGUGGACGAUGCGAGGCUGGCACAUGGUCCUUUCUCGGGUUCAGCAUUCCCUGCUCGUGACGACGGUUUCUUCAUAGGUGGCGUCGAUAAAGAGACCGCCAGAAGUAUGUCCAAGGACCUCACUGUUGGGUUCACGGGGACCAUUGCUGACGUCAUCGUCGAUGGACAGUUGAUAGGACUGGAGGACAACGUGCGAAGUGUGGGCGCAGCUCUGGGCCGUGCGGAGCCCGAGCCACGUGCGGAGCCGCGGGUGCCGCCCCGGGCGCUGCAGCGGCCGCCGCCCGCCGCCGGCUGCUCCCAGUCUGCGUCGUACACGGUGGAGGCGGGCGCGCUGAAGUUCGGCGACGCUGCCGGCAGCCACGCCACGCUGCGGCUGGGCGCGCGCGGCGGCGGCCAGCUGGCCGUCUCGCUGCAGUUCCGCACGUUCGCCCCGGACGGCGUGCUGCUGCUAGCGCCGGGUUCGAAAACGAAGCCGAAGCAUUACACGGUGUUGUUAGUGCGCGAGGGCAAGCUGGUGUUGAUAGUGCGCGGACGCAAGCGGCGCGAGUUUUCACUCGCCGCGUUCGUUGCCGACGGCACCUGGAGAACUGUAUCUGUACGAGCGAGUCGGAACCGCGUGACGCUGUGGAGCGAGGGGGAGACUGCCGGGGGCGCAGCCUCCGCGGCACACGCGCGCCGCCUGCACCUCGGUGGCCUACCGCCGCCACCUGCUCUACCACACCUGCCUGCUGCGGUGCGGCGCUGGGCGCGGCUGGUGGGGUGCGUGCGGCGCGUGCGCGUGCGCGGGCACGCGCUGGACGUGGCGCGCGAGGCCGCGCUGCACGCCGUCGGACAGUGCUUCCCGCGCGUCGAGCGCGCCGCAUACUUCGCAGGUGAUGCGUACGCAACGUGGUCAUCAUCGCAUACAUUAUGGGACGAGGGUGAAGUGCUUGAAAUACGUCUACAAUUUCGCACGUCCGAGCCAAACGGAGUACUGUUUGCAGUCGACGAUCUCAUACUCGAGCUGAAAGACGGCGUUGUGGUGCUGUCUCGCGGCGAGGAGGUGGUGGAGUGGGGCGGCGCGAUGUGUGACGGCGCGUGGCACGAGGCGGAGGCGCGCGCGUCCGGCGGCGCGCUGUGGCUCGCCACCGACCGCGGGCCGGCGCUGCGGGCCGCGCGCCGCGCGCUGCUCGCUGACCGGCCGCGCCCCACGCCGCGCGCGCCGCUGCACCUCGCCGGCCUGCCCGGUACUCUCUCUCUCUCUCUCUCUCUCUCUCUCGCCCCCGACCGCGGGCCGGCGCUGCGGGCCGCGCGCCGCGCGCUGCUCGCCGACCGGCCGCGCCCCACGCCGCGCGCGCCGCUGCACCUCGCCGGCCUGCCCGGUACUCUCUCUCUCUCUCUCUCUCUCUCUCUCUCUCUCGCCGCCGACCGCGGGCCGGCGCGCGGCGCCGCGCGCGCGCGCGCCGCCGACCGGCCGCCCGGUACUCUCUCUCUCUCUCUCUCUCUCUCUCCACGACCGCGCGCGCGCGCCGCUGCACCUCGCCGGCCUGCGCGCGCACCUCUCUCGGUACUCUCUCUCUCUCUCUCUCUCUCUCUCGCCCCCGACCGCGGGCCGGCGCUGCGGGCCGCGCGCCGCGCGCUGCUCGCCGACCGGCCGCGCCCCACGCCGCGCGCGCCGCUGCACCUCGCCGGCCUGCCCGGUACUCUCUCUCUCUCUCUCUCUCUCUCUCGCCACCGACCGCGGGCCGGCGCUGCGGGCCGCGCGCCGCGCGCUGCUCGCCGACCGGCCGCGCCCCACGCCGCGCGCGCCGCUGCACCUCGCCGGCCUGCCCGGUACUCUCUCUCUCUCUCUCUCUCUCUCGCCCCCGACCGCGGGCCGGCGCUGCGGGCCGCGCGCCGCGCGCUGCUCGCCGACCGGCCGCGCCCCACGCCGCGCGCGCCGCUGCACCACGCCGGCCAGCCCGGGCCGGCGCUGCGGGCGGCGCGCCGCGCGCUGCUCGCCGACCGGCCGCGCCCCACGCCGCGCGCGCCGCUGCACCUCGCCGGCCUGCCCGAUGGCGACACUGGUGACAAUACGCGAGAGAACUUCAAAGGCUGCAUGCGGGAGGUGACGGUCGGCGGACAGAAGCGCGACUGGACCGAGAUGGAGACCCUGCACAAUGUACUUCUAGACUCGUGCCCGGUGCAGCAGUGACCAUACAUCAUAACUAUAGUCGGCAAGACGGCUACAUGACCCUAUCGAAUCAUCGAGAAAAUCCAAGAUCUAUAAGUUUCUCCAUAUAUUUAACCAUUUAACAGACAUAACCAGUUAAAUCUGCUACUGUUAAUGAUGACAAAAUUAGACCAGACCAUGUGUUUAGACAAGUCUGGACUAGUUUAAAAGAUCAGAUGGCACUAUUUUUUGAUGCUACACGAUCUAUAUCCCAGGCUGCUACUUAAGACGUCUUGUACUCAAGACAUCAGACCCUAAAAGGGACUUAACUCAUCUAAAUCAUGACGUAAUUGAUCUAAGAAACAUCAAGAAAUUUCAAAAAAUGUUGUAUAGGAAUAAUUUCCAAAAUAUUUAGCUGGGCUAGAAAUUAUUGCACAACGUCGAUUAUCUAAAAGAACUAUUAAAGACUGACGUAGAGAAGUCACAAUCUUUUAGAGACGUGAACGCAUGGCCGAUUCAC